GCCCGCGGCCCGCGCCUGCUCCGCCCGCUGCGCCGUCCCGUCCGCGUCAUGCCGAGCCUCGCGGCCCCGCCGGCCCCGCUGCUGCUGCUGGGGCUGCUGCUGCUCGGCCCCCGGCCGGCCCGCGCCGCCGGCGCCGAGCCCCCCGCGCUGCCCAUCCGGCCCGAGAGGGAGCCGCUGCCCGUUCGGGGCGCGGCAGGCUGCCCGUUCGGCGGGAAGGUCUACGCCGUGGACGAGACGUGGCACCCGGACCUGGGGGAGCCCUUCGGGGUGAUGCACUGCGUGCUGUGCGCGUGCGAGGCGCCUCAGUGGGGUCGCCGCGUGAGGGGCCCGGCGAGGGUCAGCUGCAAGAACAUCAAGCCCGAGUGCCCUGCCCUGACGUGCGGGCAGCCGCGCCAGCUGCCCGGACACUGCUGCAAGACGUGCCCGCAGGAGCGCGGCGGCGGCCCCGACAGGCCGCCCACAGGCCUGGCCUUCGAGUAUCCGCGGGACCCGGAGCAUCGCAGCUACAGCGACCGCGGGGAGCCGGGCGCGGAGGACCGCAGCCGCGCAGACGGCCACACGGACUUCGUGGCGCUGCUGACAGGACCGAGGUCGCAGGCCGUGGCGAGGGCCCGGGUGUCGCUGCUGCGCUCCAGCCUGCGAGUGACCAUCUCCUACAGGCGGCUGGACCGACCCACCCGAAUCCGCUUCUCCGACUCGGCAGGCAGCGUGCUGUUUGAACACCCCGCCGCCCCGACCCAGGACGGCUUGGUCUGCGGGGUGUGGCGGGCAGUUCCACGGCUGUCCCUGCGGCUCCUCAGGUCAGAGCAGCUGCACGUGGGCCUUGUGUCUCCCACGCACCCCUCAGGGGAAGUCUGGGGGCCACUCCUGCGGCACAGAGCCCUGGCUGCAGAGACCUUCAGUGCCAUCCUGACGGUGGAAGGCACUCCCCAGCCGGGCACCGGCGGCAUUGCCCUCCUCACGCUCAGCGACACACAGGACUCCUUGCAUUUUUUGCUGCUCUUCCGCGGGCUGCUGGAGCCCUGGGGUGGGGGCCCCGCCCAGGUUCCCCUGCGGCUGCAGAUUCUCCACCGAGGACAGCUGCUGCGGGAGAUCCAGGCCAACACCUCAGUGCAGGAGCCGGGCUUUGCCGAGGUGCUGCCCAGUCUGACAGCUGAGGAGAUGGACUGGCUGGCCCUGGGGGAGCUGCAGAUGACCCUGGAGAGGGCAGCUGGGGCUGGACCACGCAUCAGUGGACUCAUUGCUGCCCGGCAGGCCUGUGACGUGCUGCAGAGUGUCCUUUGCGGGGCUGAUGCCCUGCACCCAGUUCAGACGGGUGCAGCGGGCGCAGCCAGCCUGACGCUGCUCGGGAACGGCUCCCUCAUCUACCAGGUUCAAGUGGUCGGCACAAGCAGCGAGGUGGUGGCUGUCACGCUGGAGACCAAGCCCCAGCGGAGGGACCAGCGCACUGUCCUGUGUCACAUGACCGGGGGCCAGCCUGGAGGACACACGGCUGUGGGUGUCUGCCCUGGGCUGGGUGCCCGAGGGGUUCAUAUGCUGCUGCAGAACGAGCUCUUCCUGAACGUGGGCACCAAGGACUUCCGGGACGGAGAGCUGCGGGGACACGUGGCCGCCCUUCCCUACAGCGGGCACCGUGCCCGCCAUGACACGCAUCCUGUGGUGCUGGCGGGAGCCCUGGUGUCGCCCCCGGUGAAGAGUCCGGCCGCGGGGCACGCGUGGCUCUCCCUGGAUGCCCACUGCCAUCUGUACUACGAGGUGCUGCUGGCCGGUCUGGGCGGCUCCGAGCAGGGCACGGUCACUGCCCACCUCCUUGGGCCUCCUGGGACGCCUGGGCCCCGGCGGCUGCUGAAGGGCUUCUAUGGCCCCGAGGUGAGGCCCCACGGUGGGGAGGCGCAGGGUGUGGUCAAGGACCUGGAGCCGGAGCUGCUGCAGCAUCUGGCGCGGGGCACCGCCUCGCUCCUCAUCAGCACCAAGGGGAGCCCCCACGGGGAGCUGGGCGGGCAGGUACACAUCGCCAACCAGUGCCAGGUGGGCGGCCUGCGUCUGGCGGCGGGAGCGACCCCAGGGUUCCCAGCGGCCCCUGCCGCUGCAGUGGCCGGACUGCCCGCCGUGCAGGGCGCAGACACCCCGUUGCCCCCCAAGUCCAGCGGCCACGGGCGGCCCCGAGAUCCCAACACUUGCUUUUUCGAGGGGCAACAGCGCCCCCAUGGAGCUCGCUGGGCACCCAACUACGACCCCCUCUGCUCCCUCUGCACCUGCCAGAGACGCACUGUGAUUUGUGACCCUGUGGUGUGCCCUCCGCCGCCCUGCCCGAGCCCCCUGCAGGCCCCAGACCAGUGCUGCCCUGUGUGCCCUGAGAAACCAGAUGUUAGAGACCCUCCAGGGCUGCCCAGGCUGCGGGACCCCGGAGAGGGCUGCUAUUUUGAUGGUGACCGGAGCUGGCGGGCAGCGGGUACCCGAUGGCACCCUGUCGUGCCCCCAUUUGGCUUAAUUAAGUGUGCGGUCUGCACCUGCAAGGGGGGCACUGGAGAGGUGCACUGUGAGAAGGUGCAAUGUCCCCGGUUGGCCUGUGCCCAGCCCGUCCGCGCCAACCCCACUGACUGCUGCAAACAGUGUCCAGCGGGGUCCGGAGCCCGUCCCCUGCUGGGGGGUCCCAUGCAGGCCGACGGGCCCCGCGGCUGCCGAUUUGCAGGGCAGUGGUUCCCGGAGAGCCAGAGCUGGCACCCUUCAGUGCCCCCCUUUGGGGAGAUGAGCUGCAUCACCUGCAGAUGUGGGGCGGGGGUGCCCCACUGUGAGAGGGACGAAUGCUCCCCACCGCUGUCCUGCGGCCCCGGGAAGGACAGUCGCUGCUGUACCCACUGCGCUCCUCGGCAGCCGGCACUUGAGACCAGGACAGUUCCAGAGCCACAGAAAGAAGCCCAGGGCUCCUAGGCAGCCGUCUGGAGGCCUCAGGACCAAGAGGACGGGCCUGGGCUGG